AAUAUCGGGUUGCAUUCUUUCAACUAGAUCCAAUCAAGCAAAUUGGGCGUUCGUGCUACCAAAUUAACAAACAAGACGAUGCUUUGAUUACUUUACCAAAAAUUGUCCAACAGAACACAAUAAUUAACCCAAUAAAAAAUUACCCAUUUGCAGGUUUCUUCUUCUCUGUCUCUGAGACCCUCUUCUAGGUGGUCAAUUGAGCCUGCAGAGGAGAGAGAAAGAAGAAAAUUCUCAACUAAAAAUGGCGCAACAAAGUAGUGGUAUACCCUUGAUAGAAAUCUACUGGUCUUUGGUUGAUAAAGCUGAUAAGAAGUUCUCCAAGAUCAGGGACUUGCCCCUUUAUGAACGCAACAGGUUUGACACGUAUUUUUAUAAAGUAUUCAAAGUCUAUACAGAGUUAUGGAAGUUUCAGCAAGAAAAUCGGCAGAAGCUGGUAGAAGGUGGGCUCAAGAGAUGGGAGAUCGGUGAGAUUGCUUCUCGAAUUGCUCAGCUUUAUUUUGGACAGUAUAUGCGCACAAGUGAGGCAAGUUAUUUGUCAGAAUCAUAUGUAUUCUAUGAUGCAAUAUUGACAAGGGAGUAUUUCAAGGAGGGCUUGUCUCAAGAUCUUAAUCUUGCAAAUAAACAAUUGAGGUUUCUUGCUAGAUUCAUUACAGUAUGUCUACUGCUGAACCGUCGACAUAUGGUUCAUCAGUUGGUUAAUCACUUGAAGAUUUUGCUUGAUGAGUGCAAGCGGACUUUUCAGGAAGCUAACUUCAGAGAAUGGAAGGUGGUGGUCCAAGAAAUAGUUAAAUUUCUGAAAGCUGACACCAAUUUUUUGAACAUCAGGCCUCUGAGAUAUAGUCUUGUUCUUGAUCAUCAUCCGGACACUCUACCGCAUGUUUCCUCACUCAACUUAAAGAAAAAUCUAAGAUUACGGGAUGCAGUACUAAGUAGCUACCAUUCUAACGAGGUAAAAUAUUCAGACCUUACCCUUGACACUUACAGAAUGCUCCAGAGUCUAGAAUGGGAGCCUUCUGGUGCAUUUUACCAUUCAGGAGGUGGUGCGGGUCAAAAUGGAACAACAAAAACUAGUAGCAGUAACUACACACAAGAUAUUUCUGAUCCCACCUUGCCACCUAAUCCACGGAAAGCUGUCCUGUAUCGCCCGUCUGUUACACAUUUCAUUGCGGUUCUGGCAACAGUUUGCGAUGACCUUCCAUCUGAUGGUGUUCUCUUCAUCUAUCUGUCAGGGAAAAGUGGACCAUUUUUCUCAUCUUCGUCUGGUGCUGGCAGCCGUCUUGGUCCUGAGAGCAAUGUCAAGAGCCUUCAAUCCCAGACCACCAUGCAUGUAACUCCCAUUACUGACGGGCUAAGUCAUUUAUCUGGACAAGGCAAAGAAGUUUUUUUAAAUAGCCCCUUAGACUGCAUACAUAUUGGGUCCCGCGGAAAUGAAGGUUCAAAUUACAUUUACCCUUCUGACUUACUCCCAUUUACAAGAAGGCCGCUAUUCAUUGUUAUCGACAGCGAGAGCAGUGGGUCAUUCAAGAUUAUAAGUGGGUCAGAAAAAGGAGAACCAGCUGCUAUGCUCUUAUCUCCAAGGUCUUCACCACCAACUUCCACUGGUGAAUGGUCUUGGCAUUUGAACGGGAGCCUGUUUACCAUCUUUCUCACGGCUCCUAUUCAGGCUUUCUGCCUGCUGCUGGGUUUUUCUGGGUCUGAUAUUCAAAUGGAUGGGUUCGAAAUUGCCGACAAACUUCUCUCUUCUUCUUUAAGUGAAUGGGGAUUGACUUUAGCUACAUCAGGCUUUCUUGAUCCUGUUUGGUCUCAAGUUUUCUGCGAUCCAUUCCUCAGGCGACUCCUACUUAGAUUCAUAUUUUGCCGUGCAGUGCUUACCCUGUAUGCUCCUACACAGAAGAAGGGUGAAUUCAUUCCCCAGUGCCUGCCUUCUCUCCCAGAAAAUGUUCAACCCUCAUCACCUGCAAUUCAAUCUAUAAUUCUGCAAAUUGCAAAUAUUUUUGAUGCCUCGAGCAGUUUCAUCUUCUCAGAGAAUAUUGUGCCUCAUGAAAGCAGCCACAUUUCUCAAGAAUAAAGUCCUUAUCUAUGAAGCACUGAGAAACGCUAAAAAAUCUAAGGUUAGAAUUGAGCUUUCAAUGCCAAGAACCAAUCUCGGUAAAAGCAAUGGAUAAAGCCUGUUGCAUCGCAGCAUUUCUGUUGGGCUGAGUACUUGCUUCUCCAAGUGUGAACCGGUCUCAUUUGUGCUUAGCGGCUUGACAACGACAACCAGGUCAUUGCUUCAUUCGCCUCCUACUCAAAAAUUACUGUUGGCUGGCAUCAGUGUUGUAGUGCAAGUUUUUUUACGAAUUGAGAUGUUAACCAACCAAUCGUCCUCAUGUAAAGUAAAUCUUCAUUUUUAAUGUAUUGAUGAAUCUGCUUCUUAUUUGGCCCCCCAUAAAUCUUUACAAAAUUGUUUCAGCAGUUAGAUUCAACAUGUAUAUAUAUUCUCUUAUGUC